AGAGACUUCUUUCAAAAUAUGAGCACAGAGCCACGAGUCAAUGGCCGCCUACUUGAUUUCUUCUCUUCUUCUCUUCUUCUCCAUUGGCGUUUAUUACCCUCCCAGUCCAGUGGCCUUUUAACGCACCCAUUUCUUCUCCCGGCAAAUCAAAGCAAACCCCAAAUACAAAAAUGGCAGAUAUUCGAAUUCCUCCUCUGAUUUCUCUCAUACCAACAACUCUGUUUCUACUUUCUUCUCUGGCUAUGGCCGUCGAUUUCUUGAUACCUCCUCAAAACCUCACCAAUGGCGCCACGUUGGUCUCGGAGAAGUCGAUUUUCGAACUGGGUUUCUUCCGCCCUGGAAAUUCCACCGGAUUUUAUCUAGGGAUUUGGUACAAAAUCAUCCCGACUCACACAAUCGUCUGGGUCGCCAACAGAGAGAGCCCCAUCAACGAUUCUUCGGCGGUUUUGAAGAUAAACUCCACAGCCAGUUCUCUCGCUCUGACCCAGAACGGCGUCGUUGUCUGGUCAUCGAAGCCGUUGAGGGCAGUGGAGAAUCCCAAGCUCCAGCUCUUGGACAAUGGAAAUCUGGUUCUGAAAGACGCGGAUUCAGGGGAGAUUUCGUGGCAGAGCUUCGAUUACCCGACGGACACGUUACUCCCCGGAAUGAAACUGGGGUGGGAUUUCAGAACAGGGAUCCACCGGUGGCUAUCGUCGUGGAGAAACUCCAACGACCCAUCUCCGGGGAAUUUCACGUUGGAAAUGAUGAAAACCGCGUACCCAGAACCGGUGAUGUGGAACGGGUCGAAGGAGUUCAUGAGGAGCGGGCCGUGGAACGGCCUUCAAUUCAGCGCGAAACCCACAUCGGCUCUCCCGAUUUUGGUUUACCACUACGAGAAUUCCAAAAACGAGCUCUCUUACAGCUACAACCUCAUAAACUCGUCGCUAAUCGGGAGAAUGGUGAUGAACGAGACCAAAUCUCGGAGGGAGGUUCUGUUGUGGUCGGAAUCGGAGAAGAAUUGGAAGCUGUACGCGACGAUGCCGAGGGAUUACUGCGACACGUACGGCCUCUGUGGCGCGUUUGGGAGCUGCGAUAUUGAGGAAACGCCGGCCUGCCAAUGUCUGAAAGGGUUUCGGCCGAGGGUUCAGGAGAAGUGGAAUCUGAUGGAUUAUACUGAAGGGUGCGUUCGAAAUCGGCCGCUGAAUUGCUCUGAUGAAACUGGGUUCGCCAUCUUUCCGGGGCUGAAAUUGCCGGAUACCAAACUUUCUUGGGUCAAUGAGAGUAUGAGCUUGACUGAGUGCAGAGAGAAAUGUAUGAGGAACUGUUCUUGUGUGGCUUUUGCGAAUACUGAUAUUAGGGGAUCGGGAAGUGGCUGUGCGAUUUGGAUUGGUGAGCUUAUUGAUAUUAAAGUGGUUCACAGAGGGGGGCAGGAUUUGUAUGUUAGAAUGCUGGCUUCUGAAUUGGAGACUAAGAAGACGAGUUCGGUUGUCGUCGGGGUUAUCAUCGGAGCGGCAGUUCUUGCGAUCGCGGGGCUGGUUUUGGUUGGGUUCUACCUUAUCAGGAGCAGGAGAAGAAGCUUGGAAGGAACAGGCAAGGACCUUGAAGGGCAGGAUGAGGACUUGGAGCUCCCAUUGUUCGACUUAACAACCAUAUCGAGUGCCACGGACAAUUUUUCGAACUCGAACAAGCUCGGAGAAGGCGGGUUCGGCGCAGUCUUUCGGGGUAGGCUUGUAGAUGGACAAGAGAUUGCAGUGAAGAGGCUUUCUAGCUAUUCGAGACAAGGAACAGAGGAGUUCAAGAAUGAAGUGAUACUGAUAGCCAAACUUCAGCAUCGAAAUCUUGUGAAGCUUUUAGGUUGCUGCAUCCAAGGGGAGGAGAAGAUGUUGAUUUAUGAGUACAUGCCUAAUAAGAGCUUGGACUCCUUCAUAUUUGAUUCGGGUAGAAAGAAACUCUUAGAUUGGAAGAAACGAUUCAAUAUCAUAUGCGGAGUAGCGAGAGGAAUUCUUUAUCUUCAUCAAGAUUCAAGAUUGAGGAUCAUACAUAGGGAUCUGAAAGCAAGCAACGUGUUGCUUGAUAUUGACAUGAACCCGAAAAUCUCGGAUUUUGGAAUGGCUAGAACUUUUGGGGGCGAUCAGACAGAAGGAAAUACUAGAAGAGUGGUUGGAACAUAUGGGUACAUGGCACCAGAAUAUGCGAUCGAUGGACAAUUUUCAAUAAAAUCCGAUGUCUUUAGUUUCGGUAUUUUAUUGUUGGAGAUCAUAAGUGGCGAGAAGAAUAGAGGAUUCUUUCGUCCCAACUCUACUCUCAACCUUAUUGGACAUGCAUGGAAUUUAUGGAACGAAGGCAAACCACUGGAGUUGAUUGACGCAAGCAUUGGAGAGUCGUAUGCUCUAUCUGAAGUGUUGCGGUGCAUCCAUGUGAGCCUUUUGUGCUUGCAGCAACAUCCCGAGGCUAGACCGACCAUGUCGAAUGUGGUUCUAAUGCUCAGCAGUGAGAGCACCUUGGCGCAGCCCAAACAACCAGGAUUCUACAUGGAAAGAGAUUCUCUUGAACCAGAUUCUCAUUCGGGUAAGAAUGAAUCUUCUACCACCAACGAAUUAACUAUUACCCUCCUCGAUGCUAGAUAAGUAUCUACUUUUUACAUGUUGUAAUACUCUCUUAAUACUUUGAAUUUUUCUUAACAAUAAUACUUCAAUGUUGACAUCCCAUCACUAUUAUUACAUUUUUUUACUAGUUGGAGAGAGAAA